GUCGUUCGUUGGAUGUUUUGUUACCUUUUUGUUUUGGAAGGUUAAUUUCAAGAACGAAAAGCUAGGGAAUUGUGUGUGUGUCUCCUCCGACUCUACUUUCUUUCGGUUAAUUUCAAGAGCGAAAAGCUAAGGAAGGCAGAUCGCAAGCUUAACAAAUACGUCGAGCCGACAAACAACUAGGACAAACCGAAGGAGGAGAAAGAGUUUCGGCAGCAGCAGCUAUGGCAUCCGGAGAUGAAAAAGUAUUCCAUCCCAGCAAGCUAAAUGAGAAUGUCAAAAAGACGCAGUAUGCAGUUCGAGGGGAGCUCUACUUGCGUGCGCAGGAGCUGCUCAGCCAAGGAAAAGAGAUCAUCUUCACAAAUGUGGGCAAUCCUCAUGCCUUGGGCCAGAAACCGCUGACAUUCUCUCGACAGGUGAUGGCGCUCGUUCAGGCACCAUUUCUCAUAGAGGACCAGAACGUGCGUCUUCUCUUUCCGCCAGACGCUAUUGCUCGUGCAAAGCAGUACCUCAGCAGCAUGCCGGGGGGUAUCGGAGCAUACAGCGACUCGCGGGGAAUCCCGCUCAUUCGUAAGCAGGUAGCAGAGUUCGUCGAGAGGCGUGACGGCUACCCCAGCAACCCUGAGAACAUCUUCUUAACCGACGGUGCUAGCAAAGGCGUUUCCCAGGUCCUGCAGUCUGUCAUACGCAAUGAGCAUGAUGGCGUCAUGGUUCCUGUUCCCCAGUACCCUCUUUACUCGGCGACGAUUCAACUCUUUGGCGGUCAGCUUGUGCCCUACUACCUUCAGGAAGAGAGCGGCUGGUCGUUGGACAUUGACGAGGUGCAAAGACAGUAUGACGCAGCUAGGGGCAACGGGGUGAACGUGCGCGCGCUCGUGUUCAUCAAUCCAGGAAAUCCUACGGGACAGUGCCUUUCUGAGGCAAAUCUACGAUCCCUUAUCAACUUCGCUGUCCGCAACCGCAUAGUCCUUCUGGCCGACGAAGUCUAUCAGGAGAACAUCUACCAAGACGAACGACCCUUUGUCAGCGCAAGAAAGGUGAUGAUGGACAUGGGGCCGCCUGUGAGUACGUCCCUAGAGUUGAUCUCUUUCCACACCGUCUCCAAGGGACCUAUUGGAGAAUGCGGUCAAAGAGGAGGGUAUAUGGAAUUCACGAACAUUCACCCGGAGACUGUGGAUCAGCUCUACAAGGUCGCGUCCAUCAGUCUGAGUCCAAAUGUGGGAGGGCAGGUAAUGAUGGGGCUGAUGGUGAGCCCGCCGAAGCCUGGCGACUACUCGUAUGCACGCUACGUGGCUGAGAAAAAAGAGAUCAUCGAUUCGCUCAGAGCCCGGGCGCGAAUCAUGACAGAUGGGUUCAAUCGCUGUAAGAAUGUCACGUGUAAUUUCACGGAGGGAGCUAUGUACUCCUUCCCCAACAUACACCUCCCCAAGCGCGCGAUCGAGGCUGCGCAAAAGGCCGGCAAGGCACCGGACGUGUUUUAUUGUUUGCGGCUCCUGGAGGAGACCGGAAUUUCGACCGUUCCCGGAUCUGGGUUUGGGCAGAAGCCCGGGACAUUUCACCUCAGAACAACCAUCUUGCCUCCGCUGGAGAAGAUGGCCGGUGUCAUGGCAACGUUCCAAAAAUUCAACGAUAGUUUCAUGGCACAAUAUGCUGACUCGCCUGGAUAUGGCAGCAGUCAAGGCUGGUCACGAUUGUGAUUUCCCUCUCUCCCUCCCCGCCACCCGUCCCCCCCCGUCACCCCCAGACCCCCCUUUCACUGCUUCCGCCAUGCUGACUCGUCUGGAUAUGGCAGCAGUGAAGGCUGGUUGCAAUUGUGAUCCCUCCUGCCUCUCCUCCCCUGGUCCUCCCCCUUCCCCUGCAUCAUCCGCCGGAGUACUAAAGGGCCUCAAAGCGCAUAAUCGGCAACAGCCGCGGGA